AUGUCAUUCGGAAAAUUAUAUCACCCUCUUCGCAAAGUUGUCAAUCCCUUGGCUCCAACAUGGGAAGAUUUCCUCAAGUUGCUGGGACGUUCCAAUGAACAAUAUGACAGUUUUAAAAAUUCGAUCUAUGGUGUAUCCGAUGAUUCUCCUCAAGUCAUCACUCCGUUUGAUGGUCCCUCUUAUGAUACGGCACGUGCAGAAUCUGACCGAGCGUUCAAAACUUAUCCGUUGCUCGUCGUCUACUGUCGCUGCGUAAGUGAUGUCGUGAAUGCCAUUAAAUUUGCAAAGAUGGAUCCAUGGAUCAAGGUGUGCGUCAGGGCUGGCGGGCAUAAUACGGCUGGGUAUUCUGUUAUUCAGAACGGAAUGGUGAUUGAUGUAUCCGGCAUGGACGGAAUCAUUAUUGACGCUGAGAACCAAGAAGCAAUAUUUCAGGCAGGAGUCAGAUGGGGAAAGGCUAACACUGAAUUGCAAGUCUAUAACCUUCAUACUCCAGGCGGAGGUUGUGAUGACGUCGGUAUAGCUGGAUUUUCAAUGGGUGGCGGUUAUGGAUACACGGCACUAAAGUACGGAAUGGCAUGCGAUAACAUUAUCGGGGUGACGAUGGUCACGGCGGAUGGUACAAUUGUCAAGGCAUCAGAAGGAAAUGACCCCGAUGGAUUGCUCUGGGCAACCAAAGGUGGAACGGGAGGUAACUUUGGGGUUGUGGUAGAUUUUAAAUUCCGACUCUAUCCUAUUCCCGAAAAGGUUUAUACGAUUGAACUGAACUGGACAAUCGACAAAGCAGCUCAAGUUUUGACCACGUGGCAGAACGAAAUGACUGUUACUUUGAAGGAUCGUAACCUUG